AUGAAGAAAAGUUUGAGUAAUUUAAUUCCGAAUAGUUUUGUAAAGAAAUAUUCAUUCAGACCACCUGAUCCAGCAAAAUACACUUUUGAGUUUAGAGAUAGAAAAUAUCAUUUUUUUCCAAUAAUAAAAGGACAGAAGAAACAAAUUUUCAGUUAUUAAUUACAAAUAGACUCAUACAUACUAAAAAAUGAUAAACUAUACGUUCCUCUAAUUCAUUUUUCAGGGUAUAUUUUAAUGUAAAUAUAGAUUUUAAAAUGCAAAAACUGAAGCAUCAUUAUCGAAAGAAUGUUUAUUUAAUUCUAAGUCAUUUUAAUGUGAUACAGAGAAAUUAACUCAGAGGAACAGGAUGUUAGUUAUAUUUUCUCAUGCAAAUGCAAGUGAUUUGGGAGAUGUAUAUUUUUUUGGUGAAAGGAUAAGUAUAGAAUAUGGGGUUGAUUUUAUUGCAUAUGAUUAUACAGGUUAUGGAAUAGGGUUUGGAUAAUAUAAAGUUAGUGAAUAAUAAACAUAUGAUGAUUUGUAAACUGUAGUAUCAUUUGCAACUAAUAGAUUAAAUUACUCUUUGAAUUAGAUUAUAUUAUGGGGUUUUUCAUUAGGUUCAGGUCCUGCUUCUGAAAUAGCUACACGUUUUUAUGGAUUAGCAGGUUUGAUAUUAUAAGCUCCCAUUGCAUCUAUAUAUAGUUGGUUUGGAGAAGGAGAUUAUGGAGAAUAAGACAUGUAUGUUAAUUAUAAGAAGAUUUAAAAUGUUAAAUGCAACAUAUUGAUAAUUCAUGGGGAUUAAGAUAAGAUUGUUGGUCAAGAGCACAGUGAGAAAUUGUACAAUACAUAUUUGCAAAAUAAUAAUAGAGAGAAAAUUCAAUUGAUAAUAGUAAAGGAUGCUGGACAUAAUGAUUUAUAAUUUUAUAUAGAGAGAGGAGAGGAUGAAUUGGGAGCUUAGAUUCGUCAUUUUUUAAGGUAAAAAGGAACAGGAUAUAGUGAGUAUGAGAAUACAUUAUUGAAAAAAUGUUAUUUGAAAGAACACAUUCCUGGAUAAAAUAUUUAUUAAUGUAAUUCAUUAAAAAAGUUUUCAUAUUCUUAAGAAAUUUAGUUGAAGAAAACACAUAGUUUAUUCUCUUUUUGUACUUGUGAUUGAUUUUUCAUUUAUUCUUAUUUAUUUUUUCUAAGUUUUAAUUAAUAUAUAUCUAUAUAAUUUAAGCAAUAACAUUUAGAGGUGACAAUCCUUAACCACCUUUUAGAGUAUUUAAAGAAAAUGGAAGAGAAUUGAAGUAAGUGGAUGUGUACCAACUAAUAGAGUAGCACAUUAAGAAUUGGCUAUUGAAUUGAAUUAAAUAAUUAUAUUUGGAGAAGGUGGUUUAGCAGAUGAUAAUCUAUUUUUACUUGAAUUACGUAAUGAUACUGGUGCAUGGAUUAAAGUAACUGAUAUUGGAACUACUCCUGGUAGAAGGUAUGGUCACACUAUGGUACUCAUAAAACCAUAUUUAAUUAUUUUGGAGGAAAUAUAGGUUAAGACCUGUUAAUAAUGUUUGGUGUUUAAAUUUUGAGAAAUCACCAUAUUCAUGGAUGGUCUAUAUUAGAAUGCACAUCAGAAUUACCUUGUGUUAAAGUUUAUCUUUCAUCUGCUCUGUGUAAUACAGGUUCAGCAAAU